GCAUCCGCAAGUGGAUAGCCGUAAUUCUUCACUGACUGCUUCGACUGGGUGUUACUCACGCACACACUCAGAUCACCACACACAUCAGCAAAUCAAACAUGGACACAGGAGGCCGGUUUCGGAUGAAGUGAUGCGUCCAGACGGCGGCGUCAGGUUUACGUACAUCAGUGAAGACUGGUCACUCCAAUGUCUGCAAUAAACCUUUUUUACCCCUCCCUGGACUGCUAUGCCUAACCCACUGAAAACCUGAAAAAAAAACACAAGCCUGGUUUUCAGUGCCAGUUUAAGGAUGUGGCUUGUUGAGUGUGAGCAUAUAGCGUUGUGAACAAUGCAUCCAAUCAACAGCAGUGGCUUCUCGGAGUACAUUCCCCGGGAUGAGUAUCUGGCCAAGGUGGAGAUCGCGCUGCUCGGUGUCAUUUUCGUGAGCGCUGCCAUCCUCAACACUGCGCUUUUGUGUGUCCUGUGGCGGCAGCGAAAGCAGAUGACCAGGAUGCGCGUGUUUGUAUUCCACCUGUGCCUCGCGGAUUUAGUUGUGGCAUUUUUCCAAGUUUGCCCACAGCUACUGUGGGACAUUACCGAUCGAUUUGUUGGCCCGGACUUGAUUUGCCGUCUUGUCAAGUAUCUACAAGUUCUUGGCAUGUUUUCUUCCACGUAUAUGAUCGUCGUGAUGACCGUGGACCGUUACCAAGCCGUGUGCAACCCGAUGGUGAAGUUCCAACGAGCUCGCACGCGCUUCAACGUCCCCGUAUGCGUGGCGUGGGGCGUAUCUGUUGUGGGGAGCGUUCCGCAAAUCUUUAUUUUCUCUCAAAUUGAAGUUGAACCAGGAGUUUUUGAUUGCUGGGCGACAUUUAUCCAGCCAUGGGGACUGCAGACCUACAUAACUUGGACCACACUGGUCAUAUUCGUGUUGCCAGUGAUAGCGGUUGUGGUUUGCCAAGUGCGCAUAUGUCGCGCUAUUCAGAUCAACUUAUACCAAAAAGCCCCGCUGGCGCACAGAGCGAGCGGUGUGGCUGGGAUGUCCAAAGCCCGAGUAAAGACACUGAAGAUGACGGUGGUGAUAGUGUUGGCUUAUAUCAUCUGCUGGGCUCCCUUCUUCACCGUCCAGCUCUGGUCCGCGUGGGACAGCGAUGCGCCUAAAGAAACCGCUACUUUUACCAUCCUGAUGCUGCUGGCGAGUUUGAACAGCUGCGCAAACCCCUGCAUUUACCUCACGUUCAGUGGCCAGUUCCCCAAAAGGUUUCUGACUCUCCUGUGCAGGCGUCACGGGGACGGUAAAGACUCCAUGCACGAAGAGGCGACGCUGGUCAGCACGUUGUACAUGAGCUUCAGGAAUGUGUCUAUAUCUAAAAAAGGAGAACUGAAUCCUCUGGACACUGGUGAGACUUAAGAGGAGGAAACCGUGGUAAUUGAGAAUGUAAUAAAUAUUUGUUAUGAAGUUUCUUUGACCAAAAUGAGUAGAGGUUACAAAGUCGGGUGACUGCCUGUCCCUCUUUGGUUUGUCCUGCACAGCCAUUUAAGCCCCUGUUCCACUUAUUUAAAGAAUAUCACACUUUUAUUGAUGCCACAUGAAUGUAUAAAAAUAUAGAUUUAAAUAGAAAACAUGAUAUUUUCUGGCAAGCAAAUAAAGACUUUUUGGGUGUACUGGCUGCAGGGUUGCAAUGUUGACAUCUAUUGCUUUUUUAAGUUUAAAUCUCCCCAAGUCUGUCCUUCCAAAUUCCCAGACAUUUAACAACUUGUCUCCCUUUUCUUGCGAUUUGUGGUGGUCACCCUAUUACCAAGAUGUAUGGCUGUCAGUAUAGUGAGUGCCACAAAACAAGACUAUGGCAAUGGGUCAUCAAAUUGAUAAAAAAUGAUCCUUAUUGCUGUUUUGUGCAAAGUGAAAAAGAGAAGAUGAAUGAAUGUACAUAGCUGUAUCAAAUUUGUAAAGAGAUGUUCCUUUUUGAUAGGAGAUGCGUGGAUUAAUUGAUGGAUGCACUUUAAAUAGAUUUGUACAGCCGUACGCCACAAGGAUCAGACAGGCUUCAGUGAGACACAUACUGAUAUACUACAUAUUUCAACUUACUAUAUAAAUAUUGUGAAUAUUCAAGAGACAUGAUGGUUUAGACACUCUGUAAAACUGCAUUGGACUUCUAUGCUUGUAAAUCUUGUAUAUGAUAUUUCAUUUCUAUUGUUCGUGAAUUAAUAAAGUGUUGUCAUGAUUUAUUAUUGU